AAAAGCCUGGGUUCCUGCCUGCGCUGUGCGCUGCAGAGAUACACAGCUGAGUGAUGUAAGGUGGUUUGUCCUUCACGUAAACAAGUGACACAGCCACUACCACCAGGGUUUGUUUCAACUUGCGGAUGGUUAAAUUACCUGUGGACUUCCUGUUCAACAGCAGCCGUUCUGGUCGUCAAAAAGGACCCAAAGAGCCGAGUUUCCUCGAAGCUAUCAUGCUGAACACAGAGGAAAGUUCCUGGUUAGCGGGGGCCUUGAUGCCCAGCUCUAUCCCUCAGGCUCCAGGGCCUCUGUGGUGCUCCGAUGCCCCUCACCCACAGCUGAAGAUCCCGGGUGGGCGAGGGACGGUCAGGGAUCACUCUCCCGGCGUGCUAAUACACAAGGAUGACCGAUUAACAGUGACACGGGCCUCUCCGGUCAGCGAGAGCCCCUCUCUUCUCCGCUUUCACUACCAGCUGAGUGAAUGCCGCUCGGCCUUCUGGGAUACGGUGCUCUCAGGGGACAGCCUCUUCCUGGAGAUUCCAGCAGGUUUGCUGGUGGAAGGGAGCAAAGAGGGGCUGACUGCACUGCUGGAGUUUGCAGAGGAGAAGCUCAAGGUCAACUACGUUUUCCUGUGGUUCCAUAAAAUCAGAGAGGAUCGAAUGGCCAUCAUCAAGACGUUCCACUACAUGGGCUUUGAGAUGGUGAAGCCGGGCAACCCAGUGGUACCAGCCCGGCCCGAUCUGGCCUUUAUGGUUUACUCCCUGGACAACAGCAGCUCGGAUGAAGAGUGACCGACGCCUCCCUCUCUCUCCCCUCCCCACACCGACAUACCUUCUUGCUUUUAGCCUUCACUCUGACGCAACCUCCCACUUCAGCUGUCCAUCAUGAUGGAGCUGCUGUCCUUUUUCACACGGACUCCUGAUGGAAGGAGGGUUACUGUGAUGCUGCUGCAUUUCUCCCUGAAGACAUCUACAGAUUGGAGAAGCUGGGAGGGCUGCAGUUUGGACUAAGACAUCACAUUUAAUUUUGCCUUCCACCCCCCUCCUCAAUUCCUCUUUUUGCUCCGUUAUUUUGUCUGCAUCACCAUGAACGAAAAAAAGAAGCUGCUGGAGAUUCAGGAGAAGUUGGCAUUUUUUCCAUCAGAAUUCAGCAUGUCUGCUCCUCUGACAGCUUCAACUUUUUUAUAUGAGACUUUGGUGUGUCUUUGAGGGCUGUAUACAAUGCAAGCUACGAUGUUAAGGGUUAAAUGUGUAUGGUUGAUAUUUGUUUUUUUUUUUUGCUUAAUAAGGUAAGAAGCCUGAUCUGUUACAUUAAACAUGUAGACACACACUGAUAGUUCCUUUUACUUUCUGCAAUAUGUUGAGGCAUCAUUCCAGCAUGUGUCCCUGGUUAUGGCUGUUCAAAGGAAUUUCUUGCUACUUCUGGGGUAUUGCAUGAAACCCAAAACCUGCACAAAAUGAGCACAUCUGAUGAGGCUGAACCCACCCAAGAUCCAUACAAGCAUCAACAGGACAGACCCAUACCAUCUGAAAGCUUUACUGAUACGGCAGGUGCUUCUGUGCCUAAAGAGGGUUAUUAUUAACUGAGUUUUAUUAAAACUAUGUAAAAUUUUCAGCCCGUGCAUAUUCCAACCUGUGCUUUAAGUAAGCUGUCCUUACAAAAACACGUUGUAUAUGCAAAUACAUGAAAAAAAAAACACUGUAGCAAGCCCACCUCAAUAUUUUUUUAAAUAUAAUUGUCUGUCUGACCUGAACACCAAAGAAUUGCGUGUCGAUGCUCACCAAAUACAAGCUAACCCUAACCUUCUGUGGUAUGUCAAGCUAAGUUGGCCUUCAUUCCCCAGGUGCAACGUACGUACUGCUCAAACCUCACUCUGAGAAACAUCUUCCACGUGCUCAUCCCGCUCUUCACUGCUACUGAUUUGAGCCCUGAUUAUAAGCUGUUAAAGGUCAUAUACAUGAAGUUUAUCAGAGGUAUAUUUUUAUUAGUGUGAACAUUUUUCUCUGCUGUUUUUGUCUUGAUUGUUCUUGGUAAAUGGCAACUGUUUAGUGACAAUCAACACUUAGAUUUGUCUUUUGGAGGGAUGGUGUCAAUAAAGGUUGUUUAACAAAC